GUUAGUCUGUUCCGUUGAAAUGUUGAAUAUUAUGUCGAUGUUCUAUGAAACUUUUAAGCUACUAAUAGUUUUUUAACUAGACAGCGUUACUUCAACAAUUAAUUAAUAACUAUUAUAAUAAUGUCAAUUUUCAACAUUUACAACUCGUUUCUAGUUUUCAUAAAUUCGCAUCAUCUCAGUUUCUUAAAAAUAAAUAACGUAAAUGAAAAACCUGUUGACAAUAUUCAUAUACAUCAUUCUCAAGCAGAUGUACCAUGUCGUUCAUGCACUGAUUUCCGAACGUUUAGUCGUAUGAGACGUCAAGAAUUUAGUCAAAGUCAGGUUCAAUCACUGAAUAGCCAAUCUAAAGAUAAAAAAGAUGAAACUAAAGUUCUGGAACAUCAAAGAGAUGACUGUCCGUUAGACAAAGAUGAAUUAGGUCGGAGUACAUGGAAACUACUUCAUACCAUAGCUGCCACAUAUUCAGAUAAACCGUCACAAGAAGACCAGUCCAAUAUGGAACAAUUCAUUAGAUUAAUACCAAAAGUCUAUCCUUGUGAAGUUUGUGCUAACGAUUUUUCUGAAAUAUUAACGUAUCAUCCACCAAACAUAAGCUCUCAAAAGUCAUUUGCAAAAUGGAUGUGUGAAGUACAUAAUAUGGUAAAUCGGAAAUUAGAAAAGCCUUUGUUUGAUUGUUCUAAUGUAAAUGAACGAUGGCGUGAUGGUUGGGCUGAUGGACAUUGUGAUUGAUAUUUUAGUAAACCAAAUUAGAGGAAUAAUAUAGAACAACUUYAUUAAAAUAUUUUUAAAUAAAUAUUCUGAAUUAUUCAAAUUAUUAUUCAUUAUGA